AUGGCCCAAAACAGAUCACAGUGGCCGGAGCUGCCAUGGAAACCUAAGCUCUCCUAGUAUUUUUUAGGCUUCUUAUCUGACGUUGUCCGUCUCUCUGGUGGGUCCUUCAACCGUUUUCCGAUGAGCUUUUUCAACUUUAGAACUUCUUCAUCCAAGAAACCAAUCAAAGGCGUCAAAACCACUGAUAUCACCGUUGAUAAGAAGCGAAACCUAUGGUUUCGCCUCUACAGUCCCAGUUCCCAUGCAACCACCACCACAAAUGGCGGUGGCUUGCCAGUUAUUUUUUUCAUCCACGGCGGUGGUUUUACUCUGUUUGCACCCAAUUCAAAACCUUACGAUGACUUUUGCUACCGUCUUGCUCGCGAACUGUCUGCUAUAAUUAUUUCUGUCAACUAUCGGCUUCUUCCGGAGCAUCGCUAUCCAUGCCAAUUCGACGAUGCUCUUGAUGCUCUGAAAUUCAUAGAUAAUUCAAGAAUAGAAGGCUUUUCAAGCCAAGCCAAUCUAAAACAGUGUUUUAUGGCAGGAGAUAGUGCAGGAAGCAACAUCGUGCAUAAUGUAAUACUAAAAGCAAGUAAGUGUGAAUUUUCUAAUAUAAAAAUAAUUGGAAACAUAUCGAUCCAGCCCUUUUUCGGAGGAGAAGAGAGAACCGAGUCCGAGUUAAGGCUUACAAAAGCUUUAUUUGUUAGUACAGCACGUACAGAUUGGAUAUGGAGGUCAUUCUUGCCGGACGGGUCAAACCGGGACCAUCCAGCAGUGAAUGUAUUUGGACCUAAUUAUUCGGUUGACAUUACCGGAAUGAAGUUUCCGGCAACGAUUGUUUUUGUGGGUGGAUAUGAUCCUUUACAGGAUUGGCAAAAGAAGUAUUGAUAUGAUCCUUUACAGGAUUGGCAAAAGAAGUAUUAUGAAGGGUUGAAGAAAUGUGGGAAAGAAGCUUAUUUGGUAGAAUAUCCAAAUGCUCCUCAUGGAUUUUAUGUUUUUCCUGAGUUGCCUGAAUCUGAUUUGUUCAUUACGAAAGUGAAGGACUUCAUGCAAAAGCAAUUAGCAAUUUAGAACAGAUUAUGUAUUUAGAAGAAUAAUUGGUCUAUAAUUAUCAUCAAAUGUGUGA